AUGAAGUACGCUAAUGAUGGCGAGCAUCCAUUUGAAGUGGCUAUAUUAUAUAAUGGAGUUUUAAUGUGUGCAGGGGCCUUGGUUAGGCCAGAUUAUGUGGCGACAGCAGCCCAUUGUGUUAAUAAGUUAAGUCCUAGUUAUAUGCGUAUAGUUGUGGGAACUAGCGAUGCUGGCAAAUUUUCCGAUGACAAUAUAAAAUUUUCCAAUGGUAUCAUAGUACAUCCCCGCUAUACACCCAGUACCAGGGAAUUCGAUAUAGCAUUAGUGAAACUAAGAGAACCAAUAACUCCCUCAUAUGAUGACAAUUACGUUGUCGAACCCAUUGGAUUAAUUUCACAGGAUUACGAAAUAAAAUACAACGAUUUUGCCCAAUUAGUCUACUGGGAUCGUUCAGAUGGCAUUAAAUUGGCUCGUGUUUAUGUGUCGCUCUGGCAUCCGUAUAACUGUACCGCUGUUUAUAUUUAUGGAGAUGAAACAUUUCAUAAUGAAGUUCCAUUACCUAGUGAAAAUACAUUUUGCGCUAGCAUUCCCGAUGGUGUGUGUAUCCAUGAUGAUGCCUCUUCUCUGGUAAUGGAUAAUAAACUAUUGGGUAUUGUAUCCUUUAAUGAAUUUUGCGAAGCGACAGAAUUUCCCCUGGUCUGUUCGAAUAUAGCAAUUUAUGGAGAAUGGUUUGAACGUGUUUGGAAUAAUUAA